AAUGCGUUGGGAUGAUCGAAAUUGUAUUGACCUUUUUCGGCUUUGAGUUUUUCGGCCGGCGAUAAAUCCCGAUAAAAACUCUCUUGCGAAAUACAGACUACUUGCCGCUGCAUGUGAUCCAUAUCAACCUGGCCUAAUUUCUCCAUAAUACGCUUACAGACGGUAGACUAGAAUGUCGAAGAACAAUUUUUAUGAAUAUUUCGUUAAAAAGAUAAGUACAGAUAUAAUCAUUUCACAUUGUGCAUUUACCACGGAGGUUAAGUCGUUGAGAAAACUGAUUCUCGUUUGCAAGAUAGAAAGUGUAAAUAAUUAAAUUACUUUGGAGAAUUAAAAUUAUAUGGGACUUACUUUUCCACUGGCUGUACCACCAGAAACUCCGAUAAGAAAAGGUGUUUUAUGUUCUAAACCAUUUAACUUCCCGUUAAUGCCAAAAGACAUUUUUCGUGGUGCAACGUUGUUCACCGACAUAUCUGCCAUCGUCGAAAGCUUUCCUGCUCGCUCUUAAUUGAAAACCGUGUCGAUCCUGAUAAUGGUACUGAAAGAAUGACUUUGCGUAUGGCACGAAUGAUUCCAAACAUAAGAAUAGCGAUAGAUAUAGAAUCUAAAUACAACUUGAUACAAAUCAAUAAGUAAAAAUGCGCCCGCGCGUUACCGGCAGACGAUCUUCAAUUUCCUCGUGCAAUAUGUUUAAAUCUGUAAUAACUAGAUGGAGGUCCCGAAAAAAAACAAACGAAUCAUUUGAAAAUUUAUAAAAUUUUCAAUAUAAUACAGUGAAACUUGGACUUAAUUAUUUCAACUGUAUCAAACUUGCUAUAAAGUCUAAUGAUUAGCUUUUAUACUUACUUAUGUAUGGAUAUCUGUAGAAUGUACAUAUUUAUGAAUUUCCUCUUAUCAUCUAAUGUAGAUGUUUGCAGCUUGGAGGGGUAUGACACUGAAGACUCUAAUCAAACGUUAUUUCUGCUCGAUAGCAGAUUACAAGGUAAGUUUAUGUAAUAUAUAAUAAGUUCAUGUUGUGCAGUUUUGUGUUUAAAAUAGUAUAGAAUUCCAAAUUUUUUAAUGAUAUGUAAUGAUGGAACAUAGUGAUUCAUAUGAGUCUGCUUUAAAAGCAUUGCACAGUUUACAAAGCAAUGCUGAAUACUUGAACUUAUCAACACGAAAGAACUGGAAUAAUUCCUAUAAAUUGUAUGACACUGAAAAAUAUUUGUUACGAACUGCUAUCACUCUUGAGAAAUUAGAUACGUUAUCUGUUAUCCAUGUAGCAGGUACUAAAGGAAAAGGUUCUAGUUGUGCAUAUGCAGAGGCUAUUUUACGAGAACACGGCUAUAGUACAGGAUUCUACAGUUCUCCUCAUUUAGUUACCAUAAGAGAACGUAUCAAAAUAAACGGGCAACCAAUAAGCGAAUCGCUCUUUACUGAAUAUUUCUGGAAAAUUUAUAAGAAGUUAAAAGAUGCAAAAGAGCAUGAAUUUGAUAUGCCUACAUAUUUUAAUUUCUUAACAAUUUUAAUGUUCAACAUAUUUUUAGAUUUGAACAUUGAUGUUGCUGUAAUUGAAGUUGGAAUUGGGGGAUUGAAAGAUUGUACAAAUAUUGUAAGAAAUCCUGUAUGUGUAGGUAUAACAAGUUUAGCAUUAGACCAUACUUCCUUGUUAGGUACAACUCUGGAAGAUAUAGCUUACCAAAAAUCUGGAAUUUUUAAACCUAACACUAUUGCAUUUUCUGUUCCUCAACAUCCACGAGCAAUGGAAGUAUUAGAAAAAAGAGCGGUUGAAGAAAAUUGCACACUGCAUGUUGUUCCUCCUUUUGAGGACUACAAAUGGGAAAAUUUAUCACCUAUUUUAAAAAUAAGAAAUAGCGUUCAACAACAGAAUGCAUCUUUGGCUAUUCAAAUGGCUACUGCAUGGAUAACAUCUAAAACUAAUAAGCGUUCAUCUGUUACACAUAAUAUUUUAAAUACUAGUGAAUGUAUCAACAGACACAUGGAUAAAAUUGCAACAGGUUUAUCAUCUUGUAAAUGGGCUGGUCGAAUGCAAAUUUUAGAAACUACUGUUGCCAGUUUCUACUUAGAUGGUGCACAUACAAUUGAAAGUAUUCAGUGCUGCAUUUCUUGGUUCAAUAAUGUAACUAGUGGAAGUGGAAAGAAAAACAUUUUGAUUUUUAACGUUAGCGGGAAACGAGAUUCAAAGAGUUUACUGACACUUAUCAAAUCGUUGCAGUUUGAAAAAGCAUAUUUUGUGCCAAAUUAUGCGGGAAUUAAAACUGUAGACGACGAGGCAAAUCAUUACUUAAGUAUUGAAUCUCAAGUUCAAUGUUCAAAAAAUGCUGAAUUUUGGGGAGCAGGUUCGGUAGUUGCGAAUACUGUCUCUGAAGUUUUACAGGAGAUCAAAAAGGAUAAUUUGAAACUACAGUUUAAUUAUAAUGACGAUGAGAAAUAUCAAGUUCUCGUAACAGGAUCAUUACAUUUAGUUGGCGCGGUUCUUGCUAUAUUAGACCCGAAUUUAACAAUGACUACACAGUUUUAAUACGGACCCUCGAGAAUGGAACUUGAUGUUGUCACAGUGCAUAAACAUACGAGUAACAAGAACAUUUUGUAUAAACAAUAAAAUAAUAUAUUUAGUAGUCAUAAUAACAAUAACUAUCAAUUCAUGAUCUUCUAAUAUUAACGAAGUAUUGUAUUGUUACGCUGACAAUAACAAGAUACUUAUUAAUA